UUCAUGAAGAAGGAAUUCAGCACACUUUCAGAGAUCACUCUCUAUGCUGCUAUGCCUUUUGCUAUCACUGCUGUUUUGUCUGAUGUCUUCAUUGCUUGUUCACUGUGCAUUCUUCUCCAUGGCAAUCACAGUCCUGUUAUUGACACUAACAUGCUCAUCAAUACAUUGAUCAUAUAUGCCAUCAAUCAUUGUAUACUGACUUUAGUCAUUGCCAUGGCUGAAGUUAUCGCAUUUGCUAUCAUCCCAGGCAGUCUGUGGUUCAUCGCAACAGAUUUCAUCAUUGGAAAGUUAUACACCAAUUCCAUCCUUGCAUCCCUAAAUAGCCGAAGUGCCCUAUGA